CGCCGAUGAGGGUCAGAGAGCCCCCAGCACCAACCAGAGGCAGGGUCGAAAUGCCCAGCAGCCACCUGACCUGAGUGGAGGCUGCAGCAGCCAUGUCCCCACCCCGAACAGGUCCCUGUCAAUCGUUAUUUGCUGGCACCACCUAGGUGACCUGGAUGUAGCCCAGGAAACCCUCUCGUAGCCUGCUGCGUCACCAGCCUUGGAGGCAGGGCACUGGAGCCUGGAGUCUGCAGAAGAGCAGCAAGACUAACGGAAGCCUUGUGUCCCCCCUUCUCUUUCCUCCUUGUCCCAUGCAGGUUUCUUGCUAAGAAGCUUCUAUAGGAAGCCAGCAGCUCCCGGAGCAUCCCCAAUGCGGUUUCGCAGUUCUCCAGAGGGAUGUCCCAAACACACUUACUCAGUCUCCUGCUGGCGUUGGUGUUGUGCCUCCAGGGGCCCUCAGCCCAGAUCAUGGACUCCCUUGUUGAGAACUGGAUGGCCUACAGCAAAGAGUGCUUUCACAACAUGAGUCUCCUGCCACCGCCUACUGAGCUGGUGUGCAACCGAACAUUUGACAAGUACUCAUGCUGGCCUGAUGCCCAGCCCAACACCACCGUCAAUGUUUCCUGUCCCUGGUUCCUGCCCUGGUAUGACAAAGUGAAACAUGGCUAUGUAUUCAAGAAGUGUGGCCCAGAUGGCCAAUGGGUGACAAGUCCCAAAGGGAAAUCGUUGCGGGACGGCCGUCAAUGUAUGAUGGACAACGAGACCCUCCUAGAACAAAACAAGUUUGCUAGGAUCUAUGGCAGCUUCAAGGUGAUGUACACGGUGGGCUACUCAGUGUCACUUUGCGCCCUGAUCCUCGCCUUGGCUGUGCUACUAGGCUUCAGCAAGCUGCACUGCAUGCGCAACUACAUCCACAUGAACCUCUUCGCCUCCUUCAUCCUGAAGAGCAUCUCAGUGCUUAUCAUCGACACGCUGCUCAACACCCGCUACAAUGAGAAGAUUGACGACUACAGUGUGAGGGUCUGGCUGAGUGAUGAGGCAGCAGCGGGGUGCCGUGCAGCCACUGUUUUCAUGCAAUAUGGAAUUGUGGCCAACUACUGCUGGCUGCUGGUGGAGGGGAUCUACCUACAUAACUUGCUGGUGCUGGCUGUCUUCUCUGAACGGAGCUACUUUACUCUCUACCUCUGCAUUGGCUGGGGCGCCCCAAUUCUCUUCAUUGUGCCAUGGAUGGUGGUGAAAUUUCUUUAUGAAAAUAUUCAGUGCUGGAGCACCAACUACAAUAUGGGUUUCUGGUGGAUCUUGCGUUUCCCUGUGUUCCUUGCCAUCCUGAUCAAUUUCUUCAUUUUCAUCCGAAUCAUUCAGAUCUUGGUCUCAAAGCUCCGUGCUCACCAGAUGCGCUACACAGACUACAAAUUCCGGCUGGCCAAGUCAACACUGACACUUAUCCCAUUGCUGGGUAUCCACGAGGUGGUGUUUGCCUUUGUAACCGAUGAACACGCCCAGGGCACACUGCGCUACGUCAAGCUCUUCUUUGACCUCUUCCUCAGCUCCUUCCAGGGAAUGCUGGUGGCCAUUCUCUACUGCUUUGUGAACAAAGAGGUACAGUCAGAGCUCAUGAAGAAAUGGACCCGCUGGAAGCUUGGCCGGGACAUAGAAGAGGAGUACAAGCACACGUACAGCCACACACCCAAUGCUCGCAACGGAGGUGGCAGCACCUGUGAGAAGCACAAGCUGGUGGGCAGCUACCUCAAUGGGCUAGGCCGCAGUAAAGGAACCGUGAACACCAGCACCCAGUACCUCGAGAGGACAGGAUGCAGUGCCAGUGAGAACCUGGCUGCAGGUGAGCAGCCCCAUUGCUACGAGUUCCCCAACACAGCUGAGAGCAACUUCUAAAGCAGCUUAGCUCUGGACAUAGGGGACCUGCCCCACUCCUUGCCCUGGAGGCAAACAUACUGUGGAGAAGAGAGGGCAGCUGACAGCCCAGGACAUGGACUUGGAUACACUCAGUGGGGCAUGUGAUUGGACACUGUGCCCUCUGCCAAGCUGCCUGGAGCUGGCAGGACUCUGCAAGUUCUUUCCCAUCAGCAAGACCCCGUGUGAGACUUUCUGCCCAGUCUGUCUGCAUGCAGUCCUCCAUGGGUGUGAGCCUCAGUGUAUGUGAGCAGAAUGGGUCACAUGGGUGCCUUGUGCCAGCCUGCGUGUGAGAGUGCCAAUCAAGGUCUGUACAGGAAGGAAUUCUGUACCAUCUCUUAAGUGCUCUGAAAGUCUUCAUUAGCUACUGUGCCAUGAUCAGCACUGAUCAGCCUCCUGAAAAUCUCAGAUCUCAUUUUUCAAAAGGAAAUUUUCUAUCCCUCAAAAAGGCUGAGAAUGCGCUGACAGUUCUUACUCAAUUGUUAGAGGGUCUGUGCAAUUUCCCCCCUAUUGGUUGUGAGGUAUGACACGUUCAGAGCUAUCAGCCAUUCCCGUUUCUCUCCUCCAGAUCCUAACUGCAUCUGAACACCAAAUUUUGCAAAGCAAGCUUCCAAACAAAUGUUGUUGUAAAACGUGCACAUUUAUACACAUUUGUCCAACAUGGCUAAGUAUCCCAACUGCAUGCAGGAACAGGAUCUCUUUAACCCUUUUGUCCUGUGCAGCUUUCCUCCUGAAAAUCACUAUCCCCCAACUGUUGUUACACCUGUAAGCUUACACCUGCCACAAAAGCAGUAUCCCAACUGCAUGCAGGGAAAGGAUCUCUUUAACCCUUUUGCCCUGUGCAGCUUUCCUCCUGAAAAUCACUAUCCCCCAACUGUUGUUACACCUGUAAGCUUACAUCUGCCACAAAAGCAGUAUCCCAACUGCAUGCAGGGAAAGGAUCUCUUUAACCCAUUUGCCCUGUGCAGCUUUCCUCCUGAAAAUCACUAUCCCCCAACUGUUGUUAUACCUGUAAGCUUACACCUGCCACAAAAGCAGUAUCCCAACUGCAUGCAGGGAAAGGAUCUCUUUAACCCUUUUGCCCUGUGCAGCUUUCCUCCUGAAAAUCACUAUCCCCCAACUGUUGUUACACCUGUAAGCUUACACCUGCCACAAAAGCAGCUUGAGGAAGAUGAUUUUCAAUAGGGACCAUGAGGAUUAAAAAUACCUGCUGCAGCAUCCCCCACCCCAUUCUGUUCUCCCCCUUUAAAAUGCAGUUUUACUGGUUGCAUUGUUUAAAUUUUAAAAAUGUGGGGGGAAAGUAAUCGAAUGUGGAUCGUGCCUCCUUGGGUGCAAGCCUUCCAGAUGCCCUUUGUCACGUAUGGAAGCAUCACCUCUUGGCGAAAGGCUUCUUUGCCUGCUGGGCACAUGGAGUGGUGGGUGGUCCCAUACCUCUUGAAGGGGUCCUUGAUCAGUAGCUAGCCCACUGGUCUUAGGGGAGGGGUGUAUUGGAAAUGUUGCUAGGAACACUGGGAGUGAAAAAUGCUGGUGGACUAUGUAUAUGCAGAAGCAACAAUGCUCAUUCAAAAGAGAAUCAACCAUCAUGUGUGGCUGUACUAUUGUGCCUGCAUUGUGGAUACGCUUGCUCCUUUUGCUCCGGAGUAACCUCUGUCUUGGGUGACUUUGUAAAUCUGUAUGUGUGGGCAAUGCAAGCCCCAAGGGCUGCCUCUCACCUCUGCAUCUGUAUAUGUCUGUCAUCACCAGUGUCUGGGGACUGAAGACCCCAAUAAACUUUGCUAUGUGUCA